AUGUCAACUAGCAGGCGCGAACGGCGAGCCGGCUCCCCGCUCCGGCGCUGGCUCUGGCGCUCAGUGCCACGUGCUCCUCAAUGGGCUGGCCCACUCCCGCCGACGCCGCCUCCGACGCCUUCCCGCCAGUUACGCUCCGCUUCGCUCCGACUCCGGUUGCGGUUGGCAGCAGCCCAGGAGGCGGUAGCACAGCAGCGGUCUGGUCGUGACUGCUCGCCCGCCCCCGGCCACGGCAUGAGCCCGCACCCACACCAGCCUCCCCCAGGCGCCAAGGGGCCCACUUCGCUAUUCAUCCUCAGUGAGGACAACCCCAUACGCCGAUAUACUCGUUUCAUCAUCGAGUGGCCAUAUCCUUUAACGCAAACGUCUACUAGAAAUAAGCUAUGUAACGUGUUCCACAAAAAUCAGAUGAAUCAGUAA